AGAGUGAGUCAGCUAAAGCCACAGCACAGAGAUAUUUCUUCACAUCAUAUUCCUGUUUCAAACCCAUAACAGAGCUGACUCACAAAUAGAGCUAAGCUACAGAUUCAGAGAAACAAAAGAAGAAUAAGUAUCUUCUUUCUUCUUAAACAAUAGUUAGUUACCUGCCAUAGUUCUUGGAUUGGAUUACCUAAAGUCUGUUCUGAUGGGGACUAUGAGAGCUGACAGUAUGGGAUGGAUCCUAUGGGCUAUAGGUGUCUUUGUGCUCAUUCAGGGCUGUAUGUGCAGUGCUGUGCAGACGAACAGUGGCUGCAUGAAGUGGACCGAAGGACCAGGAAACGAUGUUCGCUGUGAAGCCUGUAACCCUGGACACCGCCUGGUCAAAGAAUAUGGCUCAAAUCCAAAAGAGCUCUGUACUCCCUGUGAGGCCGGGAAAUACAUACUGAAACCUACAGACCUCCAAUGUCAAAGGUGUUCACAGUGUGUAGGUGCUCAGGUCAUGAAGAAUGAGUGCACUGCCACGACUGACACACAGUGUGGCUGUAAAAAAGGACUGACCUGUGGGGAUGCCAAAUGUUCCUUUUGUGUUAAAACGUGCGACAAAGGUCAGGAACCCACAGAGAAACGUUCUUGCAGAAAAUGUCCAGAAGGAACCUUCAAUGACCAAAUUCACCAGAGGUGUAAACCCUGGAGUACAGAGUGUAAAAAUAUUGUGACCAAGGGAGAUGCACUUACUGAUAUUACGUGUGGGAAUGUUUCCGUUGAAAGCUCAAAGACACCUGCUCCCGCAGAACAGGAAUGGCCAUUGUCUGUGGUCGCCGCUGUGGUUCUGUGUGUGUUUAGCAUCAUCAUCAUCCUUUUCAUCACCAUUUUGGCCAAGAAUAACAGCAACAAAAAAAAGCAAAACAUAAAAAAGCCAAUCACAUCAACGCCGAUAAUCACAACACCUACAGAUGAUCCCAGGACGCUGAUAGCAGUAGCAGUAGAGUGCAGUUUCCACGAGGCUCAGCAGGAGCAGGGCAGCCGCUCAGAGUUGCUCGGAUGCAGAGACUCUUCGGAUCAGUUCAUCGCAUGAAUCAAAGGGGAUUUUGUUACUGUUCCACACUGAAGGUCAUAUUUUGUUUUCGUCAAAUGCAGUGAGAGGAAACAGGAUAUCUUUAUAAUCUUUAUAAUAUAAUAAGGUGCUUGUUUUGAAUACUGAACCAGGAGGAAGUCUUUUUCAUAUGUUGGCUCUGAAUGAAAGAGAGUAAUUUGUUUACCCAGCUGUCUUUCAACCACCAUAUUUUUCUUUUAUUAGAACAACCAAAACUACAGGGAAACUCUUGAUAGGACAGGUAUGAGGUCACAUUUCGCUCUACAAGAAUAUAUUUGUAUCUUUUAAUAAUUAGAUACAGCGUCAUCAGGGGGAAUUCUGUGGGAAAAUACAAAACCAAACAACAGCCUAUUCAUUCACCAUGUAGGCCGAAAAUCAGACUGUGCAUUUCCCUUUUAGGUCAGCUUGAAAGAUAAGGGGGGAGCUGGGAAACGUGAAAUAUUGGAUUAACCAUGGCAACAGAUAAAAAUACACUCCAUUAAAAAACGAAGGCCUUUAGAAACCUGAGUAAAUUAUUUCCAAACAAACUAGACUUGUGCCGAUGGACUGUGAACAUGUAGUGUAGUGUUUUAAAUGAAUGAGUUUUUGACUACUAUGAUAUUUGCAUGAGCAGUAAAGAGCUCUGUGUGAAUGUGGGUAGGAGUAACACUGACAGCAGACAGUUUUUAGUCAUGCUUCAGGCUUAGCCCACAUAUUCCUCCAAAAAUAGAUGUUUUUGUUUUACUCAUAGCCUGUUGUUCAACCUAGUUAUCGGUUUAUUGCUGAAUUUGUACAUUUCUCUAUGUUACAGCUGACAAACUAGAACAAUAGUGUGUCGAUCAUGAUUCUAUGGUGCCUCAGAUGAUAGUUUGUUACAUAUAUUUAUUUUAAUGCAUCUAUAGAACACAGAAGAUAAUAGAUUUGUGUAUUAUAACAAAGCGGUCAUGUUUAAUACAGCAUGACAUCUUUUCUCUUUCAUUUUAUUUAACAUUGCCAGGAAGUACAUGGACUUUCCUACAGCUGCUUAAUUGGUGUAAAAAAGUCCAGUGACGGGAGUUUCCCUUUUGUCAACAAGUAAUCGUACCAUAGGUUAAAGCACCUGGGAAUGUAGUGUAUAGCAGUCGGCUUAUCAUUUUGGUGCUUUGGCUUCAGUUGACCCUUUUUGAGCAGGUUGAAACAUGCCUCUUGAGCAACAGUUGGGAAACACAGUGGGUAUCCCAACAGGAAUGUCUAUUGAGAUGAAAUGUCAAACAAUGCGAUUAGUCAUGGCUAUUUAUGAUUUAUGAUAAAUGACUCAUUUGGAAAAUCCUCAUGACAAAUUGAAUGCACACUUAGCAAUUGAACAAUCCUCAUCAAAUAUCAAGAAGAGGCUCAAGGGUCCGAUGGAAACCCCCCCAGUCAGAAUUGUACUUCUUAUUGCACAAUGGAGUAGGCAGCUAGAUCAGACCAAGUGGAACUUCUCACAAACGCAUGUCUAUCUUAAACUGAACUGUAGCAGGCGUACAUUUGUAUGAAAUGGAACGUUUGCGUAAUGUGUCGCGUGGGCUUAAACGUAGUCCACACCUAUACGUGUGUGUAAAGACGCAUGAGUCACAACUCAUGGGUGGUGAGGUCUGUACAAAGACCACAGAGCUGCAGGUGCUGCCUUCACUUACCACAGGCUGUUAUACAGUAACAUGUACGAACUGUAGCACUUUACUGUUAUCUGAUGUAUGUAUGAACUUCUGGGUUGUUUCGUAUAUAAGUUAAGCUGUCUGCCUUAUCAUUGUUAUCCUCACAACUGUCCAGGAUUACACUGUACUAUGCCGUUACAUUGUAUGUUUAGGAGUUUUCAAAUAGCCAAUGUAAUAGGAUUUAUUUUUUUAUUUGUUGCAUUUAAAUACAUUUACAACAAUUGCAUUCAUAGUGGUCCACUUAAGCCGUGGCAUAUAUUUUUAUAUGUAUAAAAAACACACAACCAAAAAACACAACAAGUAUAGUGUUUUAAAUGUGGAGGUUAUAUAUGAUCAUACAAAAUAAAAAUGCUUGUUAGAAAAAA